AUAUUGGUAAAAGUAAUUAAAAUGCUAUAAAUUUUAUUUUAUUAUUACAUAUUUUAUUGUUACGUACUUGAUAUAUGCUGAGUACUAAAUUUAAUUUUCCACAUUUAAUAUUUUUAAUAACAAAGUCACAAUCGCGGCCAUUAUGAACAUAAGCAACGUCAUAGCUUCAGUAAAGGAAUUUCAGAACACGAUAGUUGAACGUGGUGUAAAUUUUCAUCUCAGAGUGUGCGUAGAUUAGUCGAUUCCUUUUACGAAAUUACAUCUCUUGGUUCGUAUUUUAUGACAAAUCUUUAUAACAUGUUAUAGAGUAAUACAUACGAAAAUGUUCUAUGGCUAAUGAAAACUAGUCAUGAAUUUCGGAACUGUAGAAUGUCCGUUGCGUAGAUCAAAAAUAAUAUACACUACAGGCGCCAUUACGUUGCGCCAUCUGGAUAUCAUUACGAAGAAAUUAUAUUAGCUAGAGUUUGGAAAAACUUUUGAAUAACGUUAUUACUCUUUCUGAUUAGGAGUAUUGUAUAGUAAAAUUAACGAAUUUAAAAACUAAUAUAACGCAUAGUAAUUACAUUUGCGUUAUGAUUCAGUAUAGGAGUACGUACUCCUUAUGAUUAUAUUCACUUAACCUCAAUUUGAAUGAAAAAUGAAUACCUGUGACUAUGAAUACAUAAUUUUAUAUUUGUCUUACGGUGAUAAUAAAAAAAUUCAAUCUUUUUUGAAAAAGAAAAUCGAAAAUUUUUUUAAUUUUGCAAGAAAAGACGUGAACUUCAAGAGCUUGAAAAUAUCAAUAACGACGGUAUUUUACAAGUAACAAUAACAUAUAUUAUCUAGUUUAACUAAUUUUUAUUACUUUUUAAAUCAAUAAAGUUAUAUUAAUAGGAUGUGCUAUAUGUAAUAAUUUUAUAAAAAAUUUAAAAAAAUAAUAAGUAUCAUAAUCACAGCAUGCACAAGUAAUGUUACAAGGAUUUUCAUUUUUACAUAAAAAUCAGGUUAUACAAAUUUUUUAAAUAUAAAUUUAAAAUACAAUGGAAAUAUUUUAAAUGACUAGAUCAAAAAUGCAGCACACUGAAAUUAAAAACAAGGAUCAUAAUUAUAGUGAAGUGAAAUUGCAUAACCUUCAACAUACCGGUAGUAAUAUUCAAAAUGCAUAUGAUAAUGAUAUUAGAACAACAUAUAAAUCAAACAAAUCUGGUAUAGUAUCAAACAAAGAAGUAUUUGGUCAGAUUAAAAAUAUCAAUGAAUUAAAGAGAAUAACACCACGUGUAAAAUUAUUGACUCAUGAUGCAAAUAGUUUAAAUGAAUUAACUAAAAUUUCUUUGCACAAUAAAAUAUCUGCACAAAAGAAAUUAUCGAUAUUGGAACAAACAAAACAGGAAUUAAGAAAAUAUUGUAGAACUUGUGCUGGUUUAAAACUUCCAUUAGUUGAUAUUUUUAGUGAAAAAGGUAAUCAAAUGAGAUUAAGUCAACAAAUAAAACAUUUGGAAGAAAUAAAUCCAUAUGAUAGUUUAUCAACUCAAAUGUGUAUGGAUUGUAUUUGUGACUUAAAAAUGAGUUAUAAAUUUUUUAUGCAAAUUAAGAAAGCAGAAGUCAAAUUAAAAUCUAUUCACAUUACUUUGACUGAUACAGCAACAAAAAAUAUAGAAUUAAAUAAAAUUCAACCUGUAGGAAGUUUUGAAAAACAAACAGAGAACAUUGUUGAGAGUAUUGCAACAAAUCCAUCUACAAGUAAAGAAAAUAAUGAACAUGCUUCUGUACCAAAAAUAUCUGCAAUCUUUUCGUUAAAAAAAAAUGAUCAAGAACUUUCAAAAACUGGAAAAAUAAAUCUUGAAAAAUCAGAAAAUAAAGCUGAACUCGAAAUUUUUGAAGAUUCAAGUAUUCUACAAAACAGUGAUGAUAAUGAAUCUAUAGAAGAGUUUGAUCCAGAUGAUCCUCCUUUUCAACCUGAUAGUUCUGAUGUUGCAGAUUCUGAUGAUGAAGUAGUAAUACCAAAUGCAAAAAGACGACAUUUUCAGCAGAAAGAAAACAUCAAACAAAGUUCACAGUCAAUUUUUGUUUCUGAUAAUAAUUCAAUCUCAGAUAAUAAAAAUAUUGAUUGUAAUCAAACAACAUAUAAUUAUGAUACACGUCUAAAAACAUAUAUUAAAAUAGAAGAUACAGAGAGUAAUAAUCAGUCUAUUGAAUCACAUAGCAUUAUUAAUUCUGAAACUAUAUAUAAUACUGAAAGUACAAAAGAAUGUUCAAAACAACCAAACAUAUUAAAACGCAGAUUAUUAUUGCAAAAUAAAAAGGGAUCCAUAGAAGAAACUGAUGAAAAUAUUUGUCAGUCCAAUAUUUCUGAUAAAACUGGAAGUCAUAAAGACUUAAAAGUACAAAAACUAGAUGUUAAUAAUUCUUUAAACAUUAACAGCAAUCAAGAAGAUGGGAUUAUGUAUGUUACUGUGAAAGGAUCUAAACCAAAUGAGAUAUUGUUAGUGAAAGUUAAAAAAAUGGAUAAACCAUUGGAGAAGAAAGAUGAUAAAUCUACAUUGAAGAAAAAUUUUGACAUUAAACCAAUGGACAAAAUUUUAAAACGAUAUGAAACAUUAGUUACAAAAGAAAAAGAUUUAUUUUCGGAACGAACAAAAAAAUCAGAAAUAAGAGAACAGAUUAUAGAAGAGCAAAUAGAAGAAUAUAAGAAAAAACGAGAAAAAGUAUUAGGUGGACAUGCUAAUAUUUCGCAUCCUUUAAAACUUGAAGAAUCUCAAACUCGUUAUUUUAAGCGUAAUGAAAGGCAAGAUAAUCAAAGUUCUUUUGCACAUAUAGAAAAUGAUACUGUUAUAGACAUACAAUUUAAUAAAGAUGAUAAUGAAUUUAAUGAAAAUGUUAAAAUUGAAGAUGAUACUUCAGAAAUUAUAGAAUCAGUCAAGGAAAAAUCUACUAAUGAAAAUGCUUAUGUAAAUACUGAAGAGUAUUUAUCGCGUUUAGCAAAACUUAAGUUGAAAUGGGAAGAAGCAAAAAAGAAAAAAGAAUCUCUUCAAAAAGAAUUAGAUGAAUCAUAUACAGAAGGAAAUAUUGAAAAAUUAACAAGAAUUUUAGGAGAAAAAGAAAAAAACUUACAAGAUUUUCAAGAUUAUUUAAAACAAAGUAAAAUUGUAAUUACAAGAUUAAAAGAUGAGGAUAUUAUUUCUCUUUAUGAAGAUAGAAAUAAUGCAGUGCUUAAAAAUAAUUUACCUGAUUUGAUAGAUGAAAGUCAACCAGCAGAUUAUAUUCCAGAGGAACAUUAUUUAGAAUGUGAUUAUUGUCCAGAAACAUUUGCUUCAAAAGAAGUUCUUGAAGAACAUUUGAAAAUGCAUGACUAUAAAAUUAUGCAUUUUUGUGAAGAUUGUAUGGAAGAAUUUCCAACAAAUAAAGCAAAACGCAAUCAUAAUGUAAUUUGUAUAAAAAAAUUAUUAUGUAAAUAUUGUGACAUGAUGUUAGAUUCAAAAGGAAAAAAACGUCAACACGAACAAAAACAUUGUGACAGUAUGUAUGGACAAUUAUGUGAUGUAUGUGGUGAAAAGUUUAAACAUCAAGGAACAUUAGAUCAACAUGUAAAAACACAACACAUGAGUUGGGAAAAAAUAUAUCAAUGUCCAAAAUGCCCUAAAAAGUUUGCAUUCAAACAAAAACUCAGUUUUCAUUUGAAAUCUGUACACACAACAUUAAGAGCCUAUUUGUGUGAAGACUGUGGAGCUGAUUUUAAAAAUCCUGCAAGUCUUAGACAUCAUAGAAUACGUAAACAUCAACCUGUAGGUAAUAAAAGAGAAUGCCCUGUUUGUCAUAAAUUAGUACCAUUUUAUAGUCUUUCAAAGCAUAUGCAUACUCAUAAAGCAUAUACUAUCCAGUGUCCACACUGUGAUAAAAUGUUUAAAAAUAGUUCAACUUUAAAACAACAUGUAAGAAUUCAUGAAGAUCAACGUCAAUAUCGAUGUGAUACUUGUGGUGUUGGAUUUAAUAGACGAGAUGGUUUAAGAUUACACAUGAGAGUGCAUGAGAAAACUGAUAGUAGAGGAUUAAAAGAAUGUUCAUGUCAAGUAUGUGGUGAAAAAUUUCCAAAUCAUUCAACACUUGUUAUACACAGAAACAGAGUUCAUAAGGAUGGUAGACAAUAUACAUGUCAUAUAUGUAAUAGAUCGAUGAUUUCAACUAGAUCAUUAGAAUGGCAUAUGUCUCAUAUACAUAAUGAAUUGCUUCCUGGUGUUGUAAAGGAAGAUAUAGAUGGACCGCCAGAAAAGAAAAGAGCAUCAUGUUAUCAUUGUAAUAAAACAUUUAAAACAGAAAUGAUUUUGAGGACACAUAUUAAAAAUACGCAUAUGGAAAAAGAUCCUAUGAAAUGUUUAGAUUGUGAACUAACAUUUACAUCUGAAGUAAGAUUAAGACAUCAUAUGAUGGUCACACAUAACAGAUUAGAAGGAACUUUGCCAUGUCCACAUUGUCCGAAAAGAUUUGUAAAUCAACUCAGAUUAAAAACUCAUAUGAUAUCCCAUUCUGAAGAAAGGCCAUAUACUUGUGAAAUCUGUGGAUUUAAUUUAAAGACUAAAAUACAAUUGAUUAAGCAUCAUCAAAAUAGACAUAGUGAUGAAAGACCUUUACAGUGUAGAUAUUGUCCUUGGAGAUGUAAACAAGUUAGUGCUCUUGUAUGUCAUGAGAGAACUCAUACAAAUGAACGACCAUAUUCUUGUAGUGUGUGUAGACAACGUUUUAAAUAUUUAGGUGAUAAAAAUAAACAUGAAAGGCGACAUGAAAGUUUAGGAGGAUCUGGAUUUAAAAGAAUAGUACUUGGUCGAAAUAUUAAAGCUAAAGUACAAGAAGAUUCUUCUUGUUCUGAGCAUGAACAAGAAGUCUUAGCUAAUACAGAGCCUCAAGUUCCUGAAAAUGAAUAUCAAGAACAAACAGAUCAACAAUUUGAGGAGGAACAAAUAGUUAAGUUUGAAGAAGAACAAAUAGUUAAAUUUGAAGAAGAACAGAUAGUUAAAUUUGAAGAACAAGAAAUAGCAGAGGAAUACGAACAAGAAUACGAAGAAACAUCCAGAGAGGCUUCGGAUGCAGCAGAAGUUAUAAUGAAUAUGGAAGAUACAACUGUUUAUACUGAAGAAGUAACUGCAGAUAAUAUUGAACCUGCAGAAAUUAUGGCAGAUGAAAUGAUGACAAAUGAAAUAUUACAAUCAGGUGCUGUAGUUCACUUGCAACAAGAAGAUGAUUCAGGAAAAAUACAAGUGAUCCCAGUGAUGUUAUCUUUACCUGAUUUAACUGAUGCAAAUACAGAAGUCAAUUUAGCUACUGCAUCUAUUAUGUAUAAUAAUUGAAUUCAAUUUCGCAUUUUAUAUUUGCGAUAUGCUUUGUAUAAAAGAAUGAUUUUUACAGUUUUAUUGUGGUAAUCAUACAUUUAAAAAAAAUGUUUAUUUGAUAUAAAUAAGUAGGGGUUAAAUCACAUUCCUAUAGACCCAAUUUCAGAAUAUUCUAAAAUGUAUAUUUACUUUCAGUAUAUAUAGGUUUCAUUAUGUUAAAAUAUUAAUUAUGUAUCCAAAGGGCAGAAUAGUUAUCUGCUGUCAAAAUAGCAGUUUUGUAAGAUUAAUUUACUGUGUGAAAAUACUUAUUAAAACCAAUUUAAGAUUGUAAAAAGAAUGAUAUAACAAAUUUUAUCUUCAUAAUGUUUUUCGAUACAAAAUUUUCGUUUAACUAUAUAAAAUAAAUAAAAAUAUCUGUAGUAUGAUAUAUAAAAUAUUUUGUACAAAUCUAUAAAAGAUGAAUAAGUAUUUUAUUUGAUAAUGCAAAUACAAAAUUUCAAGAUUAAUAAAAUUAACAUUGUUCAUAACCACAUGUCUACUUAUAAA